AUGGAUGUUGCAAUGCAAAAUAGAAUCAAAGUGCAGUUUGACACUAGAGAGGUAGAUAGACUAGUGCAAGAAGCCAUUCAAGAAGCCAAUUUGAUGAACACAAGAUACACGGAUGCUUUCUAUUUUGCCUCAGUGCUAAAAAACAGUAUAUCCAAGCAUAUGACAGCUACUUUUGAUGAUAACUGCUGCAUAAGUAACGACUCUAAACAUAGCAUUAUCAAAAUAGCAGAGGUGUACAUAUGGAAAAGACUAUUUGAAGAGUAUGAGAAAGCACAAAAAAUAAGAGCAGAGGAAAAACUCACCAUCUUCAAUCCAAAGGGGAUGAUAAAAAUAAAUGCAGACGAGCUGAACGCGGAUGUCAACUCAUUCAUCAACAACUGGUUUUCUUUCAUACGCGCUGGAAUAAAACACGGUGACCAAGAAGAUUAUAUACAGAGAGCUUGCUUUGAGUUUAUGGAAUAUAUGUAUAUUAUGAACAUAGUUCUGAACAAAGAGUUUUCCAGCUUUGCUGAAUUUCUGAAAGAUUUGAAUGCGGUAACAGAUGAUGUGAAUAUUGUUCACAAUGACAUUUGCAAUUCUGCUUCAAUCUUUGACGAAAGAAAAAGCGCUAAGAAGCCUGUAAGGGAUUUACUCGACUGGAUAUGCGGCAACUCAAAUCUCAUUUCGACUGCGUUUGGCACCUAUGAAGGAAAAAAAGAGAAACCGCUGGAUAGCAAUGAGAUAAAGAUUCUCAAACAUAUAUACAGAUAUAGCAAUGAAAACUGCACAAGAAUGCAGAAGAUAGUGCAGAUAAUAAGAGCAUUUGUGUCUCCUGCAAACGUCUUCAUGAACUAUGAAUACUCUGAGCUAUCCGAUGGCUUUGGCAUCGCUAAGUUCUGGGAGGGACAUACACAAGACAAACCAUUUGACAUUUUUAGCAAUUUGGAAAAAAUAAGAGAUAAGCUGGAGAAAGAUAACGUGAAGAGGAGUGACAUAAUAUGCAAAAUAGAAAAUGAAAUGAAUUGCAAGGGCGAUGUAACUCAUCAAAUGAUGGAGUAUGCGUACAUCAGUGCAUACAAUCUUGUCUGCAGAAUCUUUGCAAGUCUCAGUAAGUACAGCCAGAAUAACUA